AUGUCGGGCACAGAGUCCAAGGAGGCGGGUGCAGGCAAUGCAGCAGCAGAGAAGGAUACCGGGAUAGACAAGGGCAAGCAGCCUGCUGUCGCUGGUGCAGACGAGGAGGUCGCCGACGUCCCCGACGACGACGACAACGACGACCAGGAGGACGACGAUGCCGAUGCCCAGGGCAAGGGCGAGGGCGAGGGCGCCGCAGCCUCGUCAGGCAAGAAGAAGAAGAAGUCCAAAAGGAAGAAGGUCAAGGCUGCCUUGACCGGAAAGCCAGACGACCAGAUGGCCCAGGUCAAAUCCGUGCUCGACAAGCUGCCCCAGCACGACCUCCAGGACUUGAUCUCAAGAAACCCGGCGCUCCUCAAAGAUUACAACGGUGACUCCGCAAAGGCUGCAGAGGCCUUCAAGAAGCUCUCUCUCGACGAAGUCAUGACUGGUCUGGCAUUGAGCGGGAAGAACGCCAAGGACAUGGCAAGCUAUAAGUUUUGGAAAACACAGCCCGUGCCCCGCUUCGACGAGGAGAUGCCCAAGGACUUCAAGGAAGGGCCCCUCAAGGUUCAGACCGUCGACGACGUCCCCAAGGAGGCCCCCAAGCUUGGGAUCGAGGGCUUCGAAUGGGUCACCAUGGACCUGACAAACGACGACGAGAUCAAGGAGGUCUACCAGUUGCUCAACGGCCACUACGUCGAGGACGACGAGUCCAUGUUCCGCUUCAACUACGGAACUGCGAUCCUCAAAUGGGCCCUAAUGUCCCCAGGCUGGUCCCCAGAGUGGCACGUCGGAAUCCGCGACUGCCGCCUGCCCACCAAGAAGCCCCUCGUCGCCUUCAUCUCCGCCGUUCCCGUGAACCUGCGCGUGCGAAACAACAUCAUCCGCACCUCUGAAGUCAACUUCCUUUGCGUGCACAAGAAGCUCCGCAACAAGCGCCUCACGCCAAUCCUCAUCAAAGAGGUCACACGCCGCUCUAACCUGCAGGAGAUAUGGCAGGGUGUCUACACCGCUGGUAUCGUGCUUCCCAAGCCCGUCAGUACCUGUCGGUACUACCACCGGGCGCUGGACUGGAAGAAGCUAUACGACAUUGGCUUCAGCCCGCUCCCACCAAACAGUAAGCCCGAGUGGCAGAUUCGCAAGUACACGCUGCCAGAAAAGACAGCCACCAAGGGCCUGAGGGAGAUGACGAAAAAGGAUGUUCCGGCGGUGCACAGGCUGAUGAAGAGUUAUGUUAAUCGCUUCGAUAUGGCCCCUGAAUGGGAUGAGGGCGAAGUCGCACACUGGCUUCUGCAGCCAAGGGCUGAGGGCGAUGAGCAGGUUGUCUGGUCAUACGUGGUCGAGGACGAGGACCACAAAAUCACAGACUUCUUUUCCUUCUACAACCUUGAGUCCACGGUCAUCAACAACCCGCGACACAAGGUGGUCCGAGUCGCUUACCUCUUCUACUACGGUACCGAGGUGGGCCUUUCCACGCCCUUCAACAAAGCCGCCACGAAAGAGCGUUUGAACGAGCUUAUGCACGACGCGUUGAUCCUGGCAAAGAGGGCGAAAUUCGACGUCUUCAACGCGUUGUCGCUUAUGGACAACACAUUGUUCCUUGAGCAGCAGAAGUUCGGCCCAGGUGACGGGCAACUGCAUUACUACCUGUUUAACUACCGUGCGAAACCCAUCACCGGCGGUAUUGAUAACCAGAAUAGGGCAGAUGAGGACCACCUAAGCGGGGUUGGUUUCGUGAUGCUCUAG